UAGACUUCCCAAAGUUACCCUUAACCUCAUAUUUCCCGGUUUCUGUUUUCCUCGCCGUUUAUCGUUUUCGUCACCGCCGGCGAUUCUUCUAUCUCUAUAUACGAAACUGAUGGCAAGUAGAAGAAAUGAGCAUCUUUGUUUUUAGAAAGCAAGAAGGUUUAUGCAUACGCUUUAAAAUUUCCCUAAACAAAAGUCUAUGGAGAAUUCACCUACCACACUGGGCUCUAAAGGUUUAAUAAAUAAGCAUGAAUUUUUAAGAGUUAUAAUUCAAUGCUUAUACUCUUUUGGAUACAAUAAGUCUGCUUCUUGUCUGGAAAUAGAGUCUGGUAUUAGGUAUAAAUCGGCCGAAUUUGAUUUGUUGGAAUCACAAAUACUCAGUGGAGACUGGGAUGAUUGUAUUGAUACGGUGAAUAAAAUUAAGGAUGUGAAGGAUGAUACACGAUCUUCAGUUUUGUUUCUUGUGUUCAAGCAGUGUUUUAUGGAGUAUUUGAAUCGCGGGGAUGAUUCUUUGGUUUUGUCAGUUUUGCAAAAACAGGUUCCCACGCUAAACAUGAGCAAGGAAACAGUUCACAAAUUAGCUUAUAAUAUACUGUCAUUCAAAGAGAUGGGUAAGAUAGACGAAGAUGUUAUUAGUGAACUGCGAAAAAGGUUAGUUAUGGAGCUAAGGAAACAGCUUCCUCCACCAAUUGUAUUGCCUGAGAGACGGUUAGAACAUCUGGUUGAAACUAGUGUAACAGCUCAAAUUGAUUCCUGUAUAUAUCAUAAUUCCCGGGAUGCAGUUUCUCUUUAUGAGGAUCAUUGCUGUGGCAGAGAUCAGAUACCUACAGAAACAGUUCAGAUUUUGACUGCACAUAGCAAUGAAGUUUGGUUUAUACAAUUUUCAAAUAAUGGAGAGUACUUAGCCUCUUCUUCAAGUGACUGUACAGCUAUUAUAUGGAAGGUUAGGGAUAAUGAUAAGCUGACAAUGAAACACACACUCCGAAGCCAUCAGAACCCCGUGUCCUUUGUGGCUUGGAGCCCGGAUGACACAAAGUUGCUCACAUGUGGAAACUUGGAAGUUCUCAAGCUUUGGGAUGUAGAAACAGGCACUUGCAAGCAUACAUUUGGGGACCAUGGCUUCACAGUCAGCUCAUGUGCUUGGUUUCCCGACUCAAAGAGAAUCGUUUGUGGGAGUUCUGACCCUGAAAAAGGCAUCUGCAUGUGGGACUGUGAUGGCACUGAGAUGAAAGCAUGGAGGGGCAUGCGCAUGCCCAAGGUUUUGGAUCUUGCUGUGACAUCAGAUGGUGAAAACCUUAUCAGCAUAUUCUCUGACAAAGAAAUCCGGAUCUUAAACUUGAGGACAAAUGCUGAACAAGUUAUCUUAGAGGAGCAUUCAAUCACAUCUCUCUCAGUUUCCAUGGACAGUGAGUUCUUUAUUGUCAACCUGAAUAGCCAAGAGAUACAUUUGCGGGAUGUUGCCGGAAAAUGGGCAAAGCCUUUAAAGUACACAGGACACAAGCAAAACAAGUAUGUCAUACGGUCCUGCUUUGGUGGGAUCAAUAGCAUGUUUAUUGCCAGUGGUAGCGAGAACACACAGGUAUAUAUAUGGAACCGACAAAGGUCUACACCGGUUGAGGUAUUAUCCGGGCAUUCGAUGACAGUGAACAGUGUCAGCUGGAACCCUAAAAGGCCUCUGAUGUUGGCAUCGGCUAGUGAUGAUCAUACGAUCCGUAUAUGGGGACCAAGCCAAAGCAAUAAGAAGAUACAAUCAGCGGAGACUUUCACUUGAAAAUAGCCAGGGGAAAAAGAAAACAGCUUAAAGC